UCUCUAUUCAAUGGGUUCUUCGAUAGAUUGCGCGUAUUUCCCUAAGAACCUCCUCCAAAGUGAUGCUCUCUAUGAGUACAUACUGAAGACAAGUGUGUACCCAAGAGAGCACGAGCAACUCAGGGAGUUGAGAGAGGAGACCAUGAAGAACUCCAGGGCUUUGAAUCCUGCGAUGAGCGUGCCCCCUGAAGAAGGCCAGCUCCUCUCUGUGCUACUGAAGCUCAUGAAUGCGAAGAAAACAAUAGAGAUCGGGGUUUUCACUGGCUAUUCUCUUCUCGCCACUGCUUUGGCCUUGCCAAAGGAUGGGCAGAUAACGGCCAUUGAUUGUGAUAAGUCAACCUACGAGAUAGGAUUGCCGUUCAUUGAGAAAGCAGGUGUUGAGCAUAAAAUCGAUUUCAUCGAGUCAGAAGCUCUGCCUGUUCUUGAUAAAAUGCUUCAAGAGGAGCCGAAGGACGAGGAUCUCUAUGACUUUGCAUUCGUCGACGCCGACAAGCCAAACUACGGCGAGUACCACGAGAGACUGCUGAAGCUCGUCAGGGUCGGAGGAGCAAUCGCGUACGACAACACCCUCUGGAUGGGGACGGUGGCAGCAACGGAGGAGGACGAGGAUGAAGAUGAUCCCCUUUCUCCGCAGGAGAAGCUCGACAGGGAGGCCUUGGUCGAGCUCAACAAGUUCUUGGCAGGUGAUCCUCGCAUCGAGAUGUCGCAGGUCUCGGUAGGCGAUGGGCUCACCAUCUGCAGGCGCCUGUAUUGAUCUCGAGAACGGUCGAUCGUGUGGCUCUGUUUGUGUUUAGUGACUAGAUGGUUAUGGAAAUAAUUUAUGCUUCGGUUGUGUUUGUUUUUAGGUUGGUCAUGUUCGGACUUAUGAGCCUGUGGCAGUUUCUCAGUGUGUUUGCUUGUUCUUAAGGUCGUUGACAAGACUCUAUAUAUUUAGAAUAAACAUGCUUAAUUUACAUA